UGCGGUACUGUAUAGGUAAGAUAGGGUGGUUAAAUAGCAGCUUGUAUCUGCAUGCACGCAUAACUGUGUCGUGUGAAGCACACUUACCAGUGAACAGUAGCUAGUGAGAGUGGAACUUUAAAGAGAAUAGCAAGUGUAGUGGCAGUAAAAUGAGGGAGUAAAGUGUGCAAUGCAACCAUUUAGUCAGCUUAUAGCGAACAUUUAAGGUAUUUUAAUCGGGAAGGUGCGAAAGAAGAAGCUGUUACACGUACAUUUACCUAAUUUAUUACGUUACAACUAAUUUGCUUAAAGGUGUGCAAACUCAUGGCUUAAAUUUGGAUUACCGUCGGAUACACCAGGAUCAUGGCAGACGACGGCAAUCGAGGAACCUGGAAAUAUUGGGACAAAUAUCGGGUCACCAUCACGGAACGCAGUAUGCAUCGAUGUCGGAACAUUACAAAAACAAUUCGGAUUUGCCUAGGUUUGCUGAAGAAAUACAAAAUGUGACCGUAAGCAGAGGUCGAGAUGCUUUGUUGGCAUGUAUAGUGGACAAUCUACGAAAUUAUCAGGUGGCAUGGGUACGUGUCGAUACACAAACUAUCUUGUCCAUCCACCAUAAAGUCAUCACACAGAACCCACGGAUCUCGUUGACCUACAACGACCAUCGUACAUGGUACCUUCAUAUAAAGAAGGUCGAGGAAGUGGAUCGUGGAUGGUACAUGUGUCAAGUGAACACAGACCCGAUGAGAAGUCGACAGGGUUAUUUGCAAGUCGUAGUGCCACCUUCGAUUAAUACCAAAGAAACCAGCACAGAUAUGGUCGUUCGCGAGGGCUCAAAUGUGACGUUAACGUGUAAGGCUACAGGAUAUCCAGAACCUUAUGUCAUGUGGCGUAGAGAAGACGGAAAAAAUAUAAACUACAAUGGCGUAAAAGUAAACGUUGUGGACGGUGAAGUGUUGCAUAUUGUAAAGAUAAGUCGGCUGCAUAUGGGUGCAUAUUUGUGCAUCGCUUCGAAUGAUGUCCCACCACGAGUUAGCCAACGAAUAUCGCUUCGCGUGCAAUUUCCUCCAAUGCUUUCGAUACAGAACCAGCUAGUUGGAGCAUACAUCGGACAAGACGUCACUUUGGAAUGCCAUACUGAAGCUUAUCCUAGCUCGAUCAAUUAUUGGAAGACCGAACGAGGCGACAUGAUCGUUUCUGGCAAUUACCAUUCUAUUGUAGGUGAUAAAUAUGAGGCAGUAUAUACUGAUGAUGGCUACAACAAAUAUAUGUCGCUGAAAAUCAGAAAUGUCGGCCCGAAGGAUUUUGGUUCAUACAAAUGCGUGGCACAGAAUUCUAUUGGCGAAACGGAUGGUGAUAUUAAACUAGACGAAAUUCCAGCACCAUCGACAACGUCCACUACUCCGCCACCCUAUUACGUGACCUCAUCGAUGAAGAAAAACAGUAGAAACGGUAACAAGAAAUUACGACAACGACCUAUCGACUACGAAGUCGAGGAAUGGCGAGAUCCAGAUUACGACCGAGAUUACGGUCCACCAUCGAUGAGGCCGCCCGGUGAACUUCCGGUAGAUGCUCUAAGUCCAGGCGUGUCCCAUCGAGCUCAGCUCGUUUUUCAUCUUUUGGUGAGUCUGUUGUCACUGCUAUUUCCAGCCAUCAGAAGGUGAUUCUCACGUCGCGGGAACAGUGCUUCCAGUUCUAGUGUUUAUUGGACGGUGACCAGACCGGAACCCGGUACCAGGUUCUGGUGCACCGGUUCCGGCUGGAUAAUGGACGAGUGCGACGACUCAAGACGCGCUUGAAAUUAUUUUCAUACUAAAUGUAGACGUAUACAAAGAAAGCAAAGAGGAUAUAUAUAAUAUAUAUAUAUAUAUAUAUGCAAAUAUAUUAUCCUAUUAUUUAUAUGUACCUACAGGACGAGGCAUCCAACAUGCACGCUUAACAUUACUUUUUAAUUAUGCAUUCUAUGCAAAAUUUUUAGAUAGAAAAAUUAUAGAUCAUCAGAGAAGACAUUAUGCAAUGUAACAAUUUUUGUGGGUGGAAAUAAUUCUGAAAUUUAAAAAUUAACUUUCCUUUUUUUAAACAAAAUAUGAUAUUUUGUAUGCUAAAUUAAAUAAUAGAAACAUGUUAUUCUUUAUUGACGUGAACUUAAAAGUUAAGUUUAGUACUUCUUUUCUUUUUUAAUUCAAGAUUAUUUUUUAAAAAGUCAUGAUAUCUUAUUGGAGUAAUCGUUUUUGUCACGCCACUUUUCAAAUAUGCAAAUCAGGGGAAAAUAUUGAAAUUUAAAACAUUAAUUAAGAAGACAUAAUGCUAAGGCACCCAAUUAGUUUAAACACUUAAUAUAAUUAAAUUUUUAAAAAUCGUAUAAUAAUUGCAAAAGUUUUAUUUUUUAAGAAAAUAAAAUAUCUAGUUAAUAAUUAAAUGUAAUGUCAAAAGUUAAUAUAUUUUUAUUCAGAAUUUGAUACUUCUGUAAAUUUUGUCAUAAAAAAAUUGACAUCCUGUUAUGUAAAAAAAAAUGAAGCACAAUUAUUGAUAAAUUCCACCUACAAACUUAACUCACCUUAUAAUGCUUUCUUUGUAACUACAGAAUGUUUCCAUACAACAAUUUUUCCUAAAAUGCAUAAUUUGAAGAGUAUGCAAGGCAUACAUGAUAGAUUUUUCACUCUGUAUGUAUGUAUGAUACAAAUAUGUUGUGUAAGUAUAUCUGCAGUGAGUAUGAAAGAACUAUAGGCUUAGGAAUGAUGACGAUUUUAUGAGGCGUGACAUUCUUUGCGUUCGAAAAGAAAAAACAAACAAAAAAACACGACUCUCCCGGGUGGUGUAUAAAUUAGAUAAAUAUACGCGAACAGAAAGACUCAGUUGUUCUCCAUAUAAAUGAGGAAUUGUAUCCAAUGGUUCUCAACCGGUGUUUCGAGGAACUUCAGGUAUCGUCUUUCGUACACGUUAUUGCUUUAAAUGUUCUGCCAAAUGUUUUAUAUCAAAUAGCGUGUCGCAGUUUUGAAAAGAUUGAGAAUCACUGGUUUAAAAGAUCUGAGUAGUUCUGUUAGAUUUCUAAAGGAACGGAGAGUAAUUCUCCUUCACUGUUAGGUAAUAUUUUACUAUAAAUUAGAAUUCUGACAUUGCGAAAUUGGUUCUUUUUAAUUUCACUUCAACGUCAACAGAGGUGAGAUAAUUUUAACCCAUAUAAAAUUUGAAGAAUAAUUAGCUACUUAAUUAUUUCUGAAGAAGAUUGUAUCUUCAGUACUGUACGAAGUCUGCACGAUGAUAGAUAUAGUAGAACCUCGAUUAUCAGAAUACUGAUUAAGGAAAUGAUCUUUUAUCGAAAAUUGUAGAACAUGUAUUUAAUAUACGAAAAACAAAAUAAAUUCAGUUGGUCAGAUAAGUGCUGUUUAGUAUGCUGCACUCGCGAUCAAAUCAGGCUUCCCUAGGGAGAAUGAAGGGAGUACGAGUUCUUAAAACUUUAAUUUUGACAAUAUUAAUCAUUAAAAAUAAUUUAGGAACAAAAUAUCAUAAUUUGUAUGUAUUUUAAGAUAAUAAUUGAAUUUAGAAAUAUAAUAAAAAUAAUUUAGAAACAGAAUGACAUAAUUUGUAUGUAUUAAAUAUUAACAACAUUUUGUAUAAUAAUAAAUAAAUAUCAAUUCCAAUUUUCUCCCGUAAACGUUCACACAUAAGUGAUGAGGAACUACAAACCUAUAUGUAUGGGGCCCCUUUUGCUGUAUUACCACUUUCCCUGAGGCCGCCUAUAGAAAAGGGCGAGUACCCAGGACAUCACCAUUUUUCCUAGGGAAGCCUGAUUUGACGGUGAGUGUACAAAUGCGAGACAUUCAAUAUAUUUAAUAAAAUAAAUUGACCUUUCAACAGCGAAGCCUGGUUCAAUCGUGACCCAAACCUUCAAAACCUAUACAAUGAUAAUAACGUAAAAUUAAAUAUACAAUUUUUGAACAAAAAAAUUAUUUUAAUAUUUAUGUAAAAUAAAUUAAUAAUUAAAUUAAAUAAAUUAAAUAAAUUAAAUUGGAGCUCUCUCCAUGGUCCGCCGUCCGAAAGUUAAAAUGAAUCGCUCAAUUGGCAUUCAAAGAUAUUAAAAAAACCAAGAACAAGCACUAAAGGAAGUUCAGGUAUUUUUUUCAUUUAAUUUUUAAGAUUGCAUCAAUUUUAUAGGUUAGGUAUUAUAAUUGCAAUAUAUUCAUAUCUUUAACUAUUUAUGUUAAAUUAAUGUUGUUCAAGAUUUUAUGCAAAUCUGAAUGAAUUUUGUACUAAUUUCGUAUAUUUAAUACUUUGUUCAAUUACAUUCUAUUUAUCGUAAUUAGUAUCAUUAGUUCUGAUAAUCAAGCUUCUACUUGAAUAAUUCUACUUCGAAUAAUCAAAUUUCUACUUUCUAUUUUCGGACAGCGAUUGGUAUUUUCCACAAAUUUUCUAUAUUGCAUACACACGAAGAUCUCAUUAGUAUCCGUUAUUCAUACACAUAUACACACACACAAUAAAAUUGGAUUUCUGAACUAUUGUAAUACCCAUUGUUCAUUCGCAAUUUGAUUGAAUGUUAGUUCUUCGACCGCGAACAAGGCACAGUCGUAAUUCGGUAUAUAAUAAUACAUAUACAUACGUACGCAUGAAAGGAUUAACAUACAUAUACAUAUAUACAUAUAAUCGAAUCGUAGUUGUGUUGGGAUAUGCGCUCUGAAGUCUUAUCAUUAGCUGUUUGAUUGGCAAAGCGUGCAUGCACUAACACGGAGGCUAGCUAUACAUACAUACGUAAGAUAUACGAGAAGCAUUCGUGCAUUCUGUGAAGUUUUGUGAGUUCCCAUGUACGAGAAUAAAGAAAAGUGUGACGUGUCGUUGCGUAGCCCCGAAUCAUCGGCGACGGUAUUUUCGAACAGAGAGAGCUUCGUCGUUUCAGUUCAAAUUAUACAUUGCUGUGAAAAAAGAACAGGAAUUUCUCCUGUAACACAUCGGUGACAAUAUUUUUAGCCAUACUAAAAACCUGAAGCAGAUUUAUACCGAAGCUGAUCCAUAAAUCUUGAAAAGAAGUUCAUUUUGGUCUGCGAACUGUUUGAUGUACAGUGAAUCGCAUAAAGGUUCGUACGGUUUCAAUUCGUAACUGGAUGUACAGUGUCGAGCAAGAUAAACCUUUCUAGGGAAAAUGGCGAUGUAAGGGAAUGGGUCUCAACAGUCGCUAUAGUAUUUGAGGUAUCAAGUAUUGUGCUUAAUUUGAAAGAGGUGUUAGUAUUUAUUUUUUAAAUAUAAUUAAGUAUAAAUUUAAGGAGAGAGUUUUUAUUUGAUGGAUAAUUUAUAUCGAUGUUUACAAUAUCUCAAUAAUUCUCAAAACCUUGAUUUUGAAGAUAUUAAUGUUAGGAUUACUAAUAGAAAAAAUUAAUAUAAUUCUUAAUUAUUAAAUAGUACAGAAUUUAAUAUUUAACUAAAUGAUAUUAAAUAGUAAGAUAAAUGUUAAAUUCAAUUUCUUCGAGUAAACGUUCACACGCGAAUAGUGGUGACUCCUUUCUUAACACUGUACGGUACCGAGUGCAUUAACCUUCUUUAGAGAUAAAGGUAGAAUACAUAUAUAAAUGAUAUCAUAGUGAUAUUUAUUAAUUAUUGAAUUAGUAAAGGAAUUGUUAAAAUUAUGAUCUCUCUUUUUGUAAACAAAUAUUUUGAAAAAUUAUUAAAUUAAAUUUCUUCGGAAAGAAAGCUGGAUAUACAAAAAUUUUGUUUUAUAUUUUCGACUUAUUUCAUAUAUAGAAUCAUCCUCUUCUCGGUUGUCCGAUUAAUAUUGGACGACCCUAUAUAAUAGGUACUGCUUUAAUAGUAAUUAUCCAAAUGCACUUUAGCUGUACAGUCAACUCUCGUUAUAUUGCCAUGUGUGCAAAAUGGCAUUCACGUGGAUUUUUAAGCAUACCAGUACCACCUUUCCACUAUCAUAGUCUAUGAAAAGUACGCAUUUCUGUCCCCAUCCCCUCAAAUGACAGUUUGAAGGCUUGACAAAUUUUCCAUUGCUACAGCCCUGUCGGUGGCAACGUAACAAGAGUCUACUGUUUUUUAUGACAAAUAGUUGCGUAAAAUAUCCCAAUCACAGCAUUUUAUCCAUCAUUUCAGUUAUAAAAAUUAAUACUUUGGGUAGUCAAUGUCAUACAUUACCAGUUAUUAAUUGAAAGGGUACGGAUAUUUUUGCAAUUUACUGUAGAAGUACUACCAUUUUUAACACGUUCACCGCCAUUUCAGUCAUUACUGAUCGACAUCAUGAAUUUAACCCAGUCAGAUAAUUAAAAGAUAAAAACAGUAAGAUAGUUUUGCAUAUAACUAAAAUUACAUGACUAAUUUAAAAUAGUAAAUUCAAAUAUUAUAUACAAUAUACAUUUAAUUUUUACUCUUUAAUAAUUCAUAUUAUGAUGUAGCGGUUAACGUGUUAACUUAUGCAGUUUCAUAUAUUAGUAUCAUAACUAAAAGUGUGAAAAUAACACCAAAGAAGCAUGUACUAUCAAUGUUUAUGAUCACCUAUUACCAAAUCCUUACUGAAUUUCAGUUUUAUACAUAUUUAGCAAGGAUGAUUGUAAACAUCAAAGUUAUUGUAAUUAGAAAUUUAAAACUACUUUUUCGUCUCAAAAACAGUCCAAGGUUUGUAAGAUCUAGAUGAUAAUAAGUGGAAACUGUACGCUUGUAUAAUAUUUAUUAGUCUCUGUCUUAUAUUAUUUAUUUAUUAUCAUUAUUAUUUAAAGGAACCUUAGCUGAUUGUAUCAGAUACUUUUAAUUACUUACUUAGACGCAUUAGAAGCUUUUCUAAAUAAAUAUAUUAUUUCAGAAAUAUUUGAAAUAUUGAUAUUACCAAUGUACUAAUGUAACUUUCAUGCAGUUUUGUUAUACAAAAAUUAGAUUGCAUGAAGAUAAAUUGAAUGAUUAGAUGUAAUAAUAAUUCAUAUUUCAUUUAACAUUAUCCUAUACAUAUAUAUAAAACGGAAAUGGAAAAGAACUAUGUAAUUUCAAAGCUUUAAACGAUAAUGUACACUCUACACGGUUAAGCGAGCUGUGUACAGUAUCGAGCAUAGUAGACUUCCCUAGGGAAAAUGACAAUCUAGGGGAAGAAGCUAUAAUACGUGCUUGAGAGUUACUAAGCAUUAUGAAUAACUACAAAUAUAAAUAUUACAGAUUUCAAUAAUGAACUCAAAAUCCUAAUUUUGAAGAUAUUAAUGUGAAGCUCAAUUUAGAAGGAAUUAUUAUAAUUCUUAAUGAUUAAAUUUUAAAGUGACAAAAUUUAAAAUUCAAAAGACCUAAACUCAAAUUUUUAGGCAUCAGAAUAUAAAGUUUCAAAAAAUAAUAAUAAUAAAAUAGAUUUUUUCAGAAAAAACACGAAUGACGAGGCUUUUACACCUACAGUGCCAUUUUCCCUAGAGAAGCCUUCGUGCUCGGAAUUGUACCCUAUUCCUUACUAACAAAAUUAUUUUACAUUUGUACGCUGCGGAUUCAAGUGAGGGGUACGAGAAAUGUUACGCGUCUUUACCGAUUUAUUCUGUAAAUAUUGUAGAUACGUUGUGCUGUGAUCAAUUCGAAUCGUCGUCUAUGCGAAAAUGAUUCGAGGCUGCGAUUGUUAAAGCGAGUGCAAAAUGCAAGUGUUGUGAAUAGUAUAUAUAUAUAUAUAUAUACCAACUGUUUGACGCGAUAUGGCGAUGAUCGUUCGGUAGAAAAGAAAUUGAGGCUACAGCGAUUAUAGAUAUGUCGUACUGAAUUAUUAUAACAACGUUAUUAAUGUAUUAUGCCCGAUGGUUUCACUGUAUCGACAAAUUUGUACGGAUCUGCUGGACAUUCGAAAAUAUCCGCGAAAUGAGAAUUAAAUGUAAAUGGUGAGAUUGUCGGUCUGAAUAUCUUAAUAAAUCGAAUACACGACUGCCAUUAUAAA